UAAAAUUACCUUUGGCGGUGAUGUCAUCGCUAUGACUGCCCAAAGACGUUGCAGAGACCCCGCCGCUGCAACGUCACAUUGAUUUAAAAUAACGAUUCAACUUCACACAUCAGUGCUUGUUGGCUUCAAUGGCAGCUAGGCCUAACACGGUAUGCAGAUUGUUGCAUAUGCAGGCGCUGGUUGGCUGGCCUCAACGUCGCCCCAUCACCGUUCCGAGAUGGGUAUACAAUCAGUUUCUUGGCUUCUCACUCUACACGUCUGCUUCAUCCUUUGCCUAGCUAUUGAAAUAUAUGAGCUCCAGCUUUCCCUCUUCGCUCAGCUUCCCAAGAGUUCUUUUCAAAUCCGAUCUUCCAUCUUCACAUCCCUCUCACGCCUCUACCACUUCCAUUCCCAUUUCUAAGUUUAGUUUCUAAAGAGAAGAUUCCAUUCACACCCUCC